UUUACGCCAUGGACUUCUCUGGUCUCCUACGGGGGCCCAGUCCACAUCCCCGAACUCGGGCCUGUGUCCUGCCCAGUGCACCCCUUCCUUUCAGGACUGGUGCUGAGAUUCACUCAUGCCCUCGUCACUCCUUCCACGAUGGGCCUGGGGUGCUGCUGCCAUCCCUGCCCAGGGACCUCUGGGCCACAAGGAGGUUCUCCUGGAGACAUGGAUGCUGCAGAGGAGGCCCAGGCCCCAGACAGCAGCCUUGAGGAGCAGGAGGCCCCAGCACCAGAGCCCACAGCCAUAGGGAGGCCGGAGCCCCUGACCCCUUCCACCGCAGACGUGAAUCCACCUCUGGCACCAGCGCCAGUGCACUCCACAUCCCCGGGAGCCCCCGAGGAGAUGGAGGUGCCAGGGCCUGAGACACUGCGGGAGGAGGCAACCAGCCCCUGGAGCGGGCCAGAGGAGCUGGAGCUGGAGCUUCGGGAUGGACAGAGGUGCGUGCAGGCCCGACUCAGCCUCGCCAAGGGCCUGUGCUGGGGCCCGUUCCGUGGGAGCAUCCAGACCAGAGCACCAUCCCCUGGGCAGGCAGAACCGGGCCCGGCCCUGACCCUGCUGCUCACAGAUGCAGCCUGCUGGCUGAGGACGCUGCCCCAGGCCCUGACCGAGGCUGACGCCAACUCGGAGAUCUACAGGAAGGAUGGCAGCCUCUGGUGCAGGGUCACCAGGCCGGUGCCCGCGGGCGAGGCCCUGUGUGCACUCCUGACGGCCAAGCCCCGGGGCACCCCCAGCCAUCCCACGAAGGAGGAACCAGCAGAGCCCGAGAACCCUGCCCCAGUGCCCCCUGACAUCCAGCUGCUGCCCCAGCAGGCCGGCAUGGCGUCCAUCCUCGCCACAGCAGUCAUCAACAAGGACGUCUUCCCGUGCAAGGACUGUGGCAUCUGGUACCGCAACGAGCGCAACCUGCAAGCCCACCUCCUCUACUACUGCGCCAGCCGCCAGGGUGCCAGCUCCCCAGCCGCGGCAGCCACAGAGGACAAGCCUAAGGAGCCAUACCCCAACGAGCGGAUCUGCCCCUUCCCACAGUGCCGUAAGAGCUGCCCCAGCGCCAGCUCCCUGGAGAUCCACAUGCGCAGCCACAGCGGAGAGCGGCCCUUUGUAUGCCUCAUCUGCCUGUCGGCCUUCACCACCAAGGCCAACUGCGAACGCCACCUCAAGGUGCACACAGACACGCUCAGCGGUGUCUGUCACAGCUGUGGCUUCAUCUCCACCACUCGGGACAUCCUCUAUAGCCACCUGGUGACCAGCCACAUGGUCUGCCAGCCCGGCUCCAAGGGGGAGAUAUACUCGCCAGGUGCAGCACACCCAGCUGCCAAGCUGCCUGCAGACGCCCUCGCCAGCCUCCAGAAGCACGCAGGCCUGCAUGGUCCCCUGGCCUCCGCGGACCUAGGCCUGGCACCCAUCCCAUCACCAGGCCUGGACAAGACCCUGGUUGAGGCCACCAACGGAGAGGCCCAGAAUGGGAGCGGCGGCGAGACCCCCGCGAUCCCCAAGAACGUCAAGGUGGAGGCGGCCGAGGAGUCGGAGGCAGCGCGCGUGCCAGGCCAGGCAGAGCCUGCACCCCGGGCCCCGUCGCGGACGCCGUCGCCCCACAGCCCCGGUGCGGCCCGCGUGAAGGCCGAGAUGCCCAGUCCCACGCCUGGCGCCAGCCCCGCACCCGGAGAGCUGGGUUUGGCCGGCGCGCUUUUCCUGCCGCAGCUCGUGUUCGCGCCAGACGCGGGCGCCGCCCCCGGCCCCGCGGCGCCCCAGGCCUCGGAGAUCCUGGCCAAGAUGUCGGAGCUGGUGCACAGCCGGCUGCAGCAGGGCGCGGGGGCGCCGGCCGCGCUGCUGGCGGGGACCAAGGGUGCCACGUGCUUCGAGUGCGAGAUCACCUUCAACAACGUCAACAACUUCUACGUGCACAAGCGCCUCUACUGCUCCGGCCGGCGCCCGCCCGAAGACGCGCCCGCCGCGCGCAGGCCCAAGGCGCCACCGGGCGGCGCGCCUGCAGAACCCGAUGCGCCGCGAUCGCCGCCGGCGCCCGGGGCGCGUGAGGACGAGGCGGGCGGCGCAGCCACGCCCGAGGCCGAUGGGCCCGGCCGGGGCAGCGAGGGCAGCCAGAGCCCGGGCAGCUCAGUGGACGACGCGGAGGACGACCCCAGCCGUACACUGUGCGAGGCCUGCAACAUCCGCUUCAGCCGCCACGAGACCUACACGGUGCACAAGCGCUACUACUGCGCCUCGCGCCACGACCCUCCGCCGCGCAGGCCACCCGCUCCCGCUCCCGCUCCAGGGUCCGCGGCGCCCACGCUGACCACGCCGCCUGUGCGCACGCGCCGGCGCCGCAAGCUGUACGAGCUGCACGCGCCCGGCUCCGCCCCCGCACCGCCUGGCCAUGGCCCCCCAGCGGCUGGCCCCGCGCCCGAGCCCCCCGGCUCCCCCGGACCCGGAGGCGGAAAUGGGAGCGCCGGUCCCGCCCCCGCGCGCUCGCCCGCGCCGGCCGCCGCCGACGGCCCCAUCGACCUGAGCAAGCGGCCGCGCCGACAGCCCCACGACGCGCCCGCCGCGCUGCCCGCGCUGGCCGACUACCACGAGUGCACGGCCUGCCGCGUGAGCUUCCACAGCCUCGAGGCCUACCUGGCUCACAAGCAGUACGCGUGCCCCGCCGCGCCACUGCGCCCGGCCGCCGUGUGCCCCUACUGCCCGGCCAAUGGGCGUGCGCGCGGCGACCUGGGGGAGCACCUACGCCGGGCACACGGCCUGCGGGACAGCCCCCCGCCGCGCUCCCCGUCCCCGCCGCCCGCGCCCGCCGAGGCCCCCGCCGACCCGGGCGCCCCCACCCCCGGUAAGGGCCCGCCCGCGCCUCCCACGCCCGGUGGCCACCGCUACUGCCGCUUGUGCAACAUCCGGUUCAGCAGCCUGUCCACCUUCAUCGCUCACAAGAAGUACUACUGCUCCUCGCACGCCGCCGAGCACGUGAAGUGACAGGCGGCCUGGGACUCGGGGUCGGUGCGACCCAGGCCACCGCGGGGGCGACCGCGCGCCCUUCCUGUCCAGGACGCGCACCCCUCCCACUCUGCCAGGCUCGCCUCCGUCUCCAGUGCAGCCGACCCCGGAAAAGGCUGGACGCCUCUCUGCCACCCGAGGCUGGCGUGGGGCUGGAGCCUGGCUGCAGGCCUGGGUUUGCACAGAAUAGACGGUCAGCCGAGUGCGGUGAUAACACCUGUAAUCCCAACCUUGAGGGAGGGUAAGGUAGGAUUCGAAGUUCAAGACCAGCCUGGGCAGUGUAGUGAGACCCCAUCUAAAAAUAAAAAAGGGCUGGAGAUGGAGCUCAGUGGUAGAGCGCUCGGUGCCAGGCCCAGAAUGCGCGUAUGAGCACUAAA